AUGCAGGCGGAUGUCCACCUACGUGUGCUAUGGAAAGGCAUGGUGGUGUUGCAUGAUGGCAUGCAGCUACCAGGCGUAACGAUUGUGACGUCUAUGCAGCCAUGGGCGCAUUUGCGAGGGACAUCACACCAUGACGAUGCGUCGAAUCUGCCGAUGCUCGAAGCUGAGGCAGAGCUGUGCUUUGCUUUGGAAAUGGUGCGGCACCAUCCGCUGCGUGCGAGAAAAGCCGAAAGAACGGGAGAUGCAGAGCUUGUAGCGUCCGGCUCGAUACGACUGGACCUGCAUGCGGCCGAGGACGUCACGAUGGCGUACUUGCAACAGCUCUUUUGUCUGCCGGGCGACUCGAUUCUCUUCCUGACGUUUGCCCCGUCAACGGCAAGCUCAUCUAGUAUCGAGCUCGUCGUAUUUGGACGUGUGUGCUCUGAUGGAUCGCUCGAUCUCGUGGUAGGGCGCGAAGUGCGUCAGCCCUCGCGGCAUACUCGCCCUGACGACCCACUCCCACGCAUUCCUACCAGAGAGCGCGCGCUGGACGCACGCAUCCGAAAGCGCGGACAACUGAGCUUAUCGGAGCACACAAACCCCCCCGUCACACCUGGACGACAUGGCGAAAAACGCGCACACAAAGUGCACGUUGACCGCGUUCCCAUCAAGUGGGAACACAACAGCCCCAGUCCUACCCCACCGCGCUCGGCCUCGCCAUUGUGGCAUCCUGUGCUGCCCAUCAUGCAAAAUCAUGCACGAGGCACUGUGCCUGAUGCUUCUAUCGAACAGGCAAAUCGCCUUCUUAUCAAAAAACUCAUCAAGCACCAGCUCGCCGGUCGAGGUGUGGAGCGCGAUCAUCAAGACCACGCCGCCUGCUUCCAAACGGCGUACGCCGGCACAUGUCUUGUAUUCCGUGAUGCACUCGAUACGUGUGCGCUCGAUCAAGUGCGCGUCGCACACAUCGUGCAAGCUCACCUCGACAUGUAUGUGCACCCCCACCACCUCGCUCUGUGCACACGACGUGCCUAG